AGCAGGAAUGUUCUGGACCAAUAGUGAGCGAUCGACUCCAAUCAAGUGACAGUAGUCCGAUUGUGCGACCAAUGAAAUCCCAUAUCGGAGCGUCACUGUGGCUUUCACUUUCGUGUUGAGCGUAUCGCCGUAUUCCGUUCGUAGUUUCUCUUGAAAUUUAUCGAUCUAAUCAAAAGCCAUGGCUCGUACCAAGCAAACCGCGCGUAAAUCGACCGGAGGCAAAGCGCCCCGUAAACAGUUGGCCACCAAAGCGGCCAGAAAGUCGGCGCCCUCAACUGGCGGAGUGAAGAAGCCCCAUCGUUACCGUCCGGGUACCGUCGCCCUUAGGGAAAUCAGACGUUACCAAAAAUCCACCGAGUUGCUCAUCCGUAAACUGCCAUUCCAACGGUUGGUGAGAGAAAUCGCCCAAGAUUUCAAGACCGAUUUGCGUUUCCAGUCGGCAGCUAUUGGGGCUCUCCAGGAAGCCAGUGAGGCCUACUUGGUGGGCUUAUUCGAAGACACCAAUCUGUGCGCGAUCCACGCCAAGAGGGUGACCAUUAUGCCAAAGGACAUCCAAUUGGCCCGCCGAAUUCGCGGAGAGAGAGCUUAAGCGCCCUCUACUUUCCGCAUAUGUACCAAGUACCGUUUUUCUUGGGAGUUUAUUUUUCAUCUAGCAUACUGCCAGUCGAGGUGUGUGUAUAACAUAAUAUUUAUUGUUAAGCAUUUUUUUAUAUAUCACUAAGUCAUUUUGACAAUUUAAUCGACGUGUUUCGUUUUUGUUCAGUUUUCGGUACCAUUUUUCUUGUAGUUUUCAAUGCGAAAUUACAGAUUCUUGUAGAGUCGCUUAGUAAAGGUACACGUGUAUUUUCUAAGGUAGUUUUUAGUGUUUUUUUUUUGUUUUUAAGAAGUUUAUUUAAGUUAGGAGAAUUUCUCCGACGGUUCUUUUGUAAGGUAUCGAUUUACUUUCCUAGAUGUAGAGAUUUUCGUAUAAUUAAUCUAAAUAAACAUUAGUACCUAAA